UUGAGACUCGCUAGGUUUGCCGAACCAAACACCCGAACCACCCCCUUAAGGCGGCGCUCCUCCCCCCAACUUCCCUUCUUUCUCUCUCUUCCGCCUUCGAGCUUUCUCUCUCUAGCCUCGAAGCUUCCCCGACAAUGGCGACCUCGUCCAGGACCAGAUCCAGCAGCCGGCACGUGCUGCGAUCCCUCUCCCCGUCGGGCCGGUACUACUCCCCCCUCGCGGCGGCGCAGGACUCGUCGCUCUCCGCCACCGCGUCGGCCUUCGCCUCCUCCACCAGCUCCAGCUUCUACUCCCGUCCCUCCAACGCCUCCUUCUUCAGCCGCCGGUCGUCGUCCCCGACGCGCGUCAACGUCUUCAGGUCGUCCUCCUCUUCUUCCUCGAUGUCCCCCUCCGUGCGGUUCUCCAUCGACCGGUCGACGUCCCCGGGCAGAUCCAUCGCCGUCUCCCCCAGGCACCACGUCAUCGGGAGCCGUGGCGGCCCGGCGAAGAAGACGUGCAUGUGCUCGCCCACCACCCAUCCAGGUUCGUUUCGCUGUAGCUUGCAUAAGAACUCCGGCGGCGGCGGCCACCACGGGCAGUCGGCGUCGUCCCCUUCCAACCGGCUCAACAUGAGGAGAUCCGCGAUGACGAACUCGCUGGUGCGGAUCGGCGGCGUCGAAGGCGAGCUGAUGAGGAGAUCCCUCACGGCCCUGAUCCGGCCGUCGUCGCACCACCAGCGGCGGCGCGGGGCGUUCGAGACCAGGCCGAGCCGGCUCUCCGUCAUGUCGAAGGCGGAGGAUCCGCGGUAGGAGAGCGGGCGUCUUUCAGGUCACAGGUUUUGUCAGUCAGCGAGCGAGCCAGCCGAUUCCGAAGGUACCGGAUCGGGCGGUGCCGGCCGAGUCAACUCGGCGAGCUCACCCUGCGAGUUAUUUGGCGACGGGGUUGCGGCGGAGAUCGGAACCACAACCACCUUCUUGUGUGUACAUAGUUGCUGAGCCAAUGUGAUGGCUGAGAUGGGCUGUUGAAGGAGAUUAAAAGAUUCUUUUCGGACAUUAAUUACAUUCAAUCGGACAGAUCUGAUAAUAA